CAUCACUGCUGGGCACUGACUGACGGCACUGACUGGCACAACCCCUGGGCACUGACUGGUGGCACUGACUGGCAGCACUGCUGGGCUGAACUGGUGGGUGGCACUGGUGGGCAGCACUGGUGGGUGGGCACAGGUGGGUGGCACUGGUGGGCACAGGUGGGUGGGCACAGGUGGGUGGCACUGCUGGGCACAGGUGGGUGGCACUUCUGGGCACAGGUGGGUGACACUGCAGAGUGGCACAGGUGGGCGGAGCUAGUGGGCGCACUGCUGGGCACAGGUGGGCGGAACUUGCGGGUGGCACUGCUG